AUGCUUCCAGACGAGACUGGCCUUGAGGCCUGGCUGCGAUAUGCCGCCCUCCCUGCCGAGAUCACCAAUCAGUACCCUCGAUACUCGCACAUUAUCGCUCUUACAGAUGACGAGAGUAGUCCAGUAUACACGGCUGGAAAGGAGCUGCAAUUAGGUCUGUCUAAGAUUCUCGGUCAAGACGUCAUUCUUCAGACGGACUUCCCAGCGGCAGAAGCGCAGUCUUCCAUUAUCGUGGGAACAAUCGAAAAAUGGGCAACUGUGGGGGGUAACGUACAUGACAUCCCUAGCCUCAAGGAGGACGGCAUGUAUAUCAGCUGCAAGCAUGGAGUAGCUACGAAUAUUCUUGGCCAAAAUGAACGUGGUGCGCUGUACGGCGCAUUCGAAUUUCUCAUGCUCCUGUCCCGGAAUGAACCAUUACCAGAGCUUCAUGCGUCCAGUCCUAGUGCGCCAAUCCGAUGGGUGAAUGAGUGGGAUAACCUUGAUGGGUCCAUCGAACGAGGCUAUGCAGGGCCAUCGAUUUACUUCAAGGACGGGUACGUGGUUGAUGACUUGACCCGUGCCGGCCAAUAUGCGCGCCUCCUGGCAUCUGUUCGUCUCAAUGGCAUAAUCGUCAACAAUGUCAACUCCGACGCCAAACUUUUCAAUCCCACAAACAUGAAGGGCCUUACUCGAAUUGCCGACAUAAUGAGGCCGUGGGGUGUGCGUAUUGGCGUUGCACUGUACUUUGACACCCCGAAAGGCCUCGGUGGCCUGCCCACCUCUGAUCCUCUUGACCCCAGCGUGAUCGCCUGGUGGGACGACAUGACAACUAGGCUGUACCAGCAUGUUCCAGAUAUGCUGGGCUAUCUCAUUAAGGCAAAUUCUGAAGGCCAACCAGGCCCGCUAACCUACGGCCGCACCCUAGCUGAUGGCGCCAAUCUCUUUGCUCGAGCCCUCCAGAAACACGGCGACGGAAUCGUUAUGUACCGAGCCUUCGUGUAUAACCACCAUCUCGAUGAGUCGAACUGGAAAAAUGACAGGGCAAAUGCGGCAGUGGAGUACUUUGAAGGGCUUGACACUGAAUUUGAAGACAAUGUAAUUGUGCAGAUCAAGUACGGCCCCAUUGACUUCCAGAUUCGUGAACCACCGUCUCCUCUUCUUGGCCAUCUCCGCAAGACACCUAUCAUCCUCGAGCUUCAAGUUGCACAGGAGUAUCUCGGCCAACAAGACCACGUUGUCUAUCUCCCCCCUCUGUGGCGCACAAUACUUGAUUUUGACUUCCAAAUUGAUAACAAACCAUCACUUGUGCGCGACAUCGUCUCUGGUGAACGUUUCAACUGGUCUCGGGCCGGCUAUGCUGCGGUCGUCAAUGUCGGAAAUGACCCAACUUGGCUUGGAAGCCACCUCGCCAUGUCUAAUCUCUAUGCGUAUGGCCGUUACACGUGGAAUCCACAGAGCGACGAGGUGGAUGUCAUCAGAGACUGGUCGCGCCUAACCUUCGGCCUCAACAAAACCAUCGAGUCCAUCAUCACUAGCAUUUCAAUGAAAUCCUGGCGCACAUAUGAAGACUACAGCGGCAAUCUCGGCAUCCAGACGCUCUGCGAUAUCGUCAAGACGUGCCACUUUGGGCCUUCACCCGCCGCCCACGACGGCAAUGGAUGGGGCCAGUGGACGCGAGCCGAUGCACACGCGCUCGGCAUGGAUCGUACUGUAGCUACCGGUACUGGCAACGCGGGGCAAUAUCCACCCGCUAUUGCGGCGCAGUUCGAGAAGAUUGAGACGACUCCCGACGAGCUCCUACUCUGGUUUCAUCAUGUGCCCUAUACACACGUCUUGAAGUCCGGGAAGACAGUAAUUCAACAUUUCUACGAUGCGCAUUACGACGGCGCGCGUGUGGCGCAAACAUUCCCGGAACAGUGGGAGACACUGCGCGGGUUGAUCGAUGAUGCGCGUUUCAACCAUGUACUGUUUCGGUUGCGAUUCCAGGCGGGCCAUGCGCUCGUUUGGCGGGACUCGGUGAAUACGUUCUACAAUGUGAAAUGUGGGAUUGCGGAUGAACAGGGCCGGGUAGGUAAUCACCCAUGGCGGAUCGAGGCAGAGGCGAUGGAACUGGAGGGGUAUGAAGCGGUAUCCGUGACGCCAUUUGAGGCAGCAUCUGGCAACCAAGCAAUCGUGGCGGUCCCUGGAGUGCAAUCCGCAACUGCCCAGACUGUAGUUACCUUCCCUUCGGGUCUAUAUGAUGUCGCGAUCAACUAUUACGAUCAUCUGGGCGGAACUUCGCAGUAUCAAAUCUUUCUGAAUGACCGCCUCAUUGGUGCAUGGGCUGGAGAUUUGGAGAAGCACCUGGGACAUGAUUUCUCGGAUCUUGUUGAUGGCCAUUCAGCGACACGAAUCACCUUCAAAGGUGUGACAGUGAAUAACGGGGAUCGACUGCGCAUCGUUGGGAGACCAGACGGGGCUGAGCGUGCCCCGGUAGACUAUGUCUCAUUUUUACCAGAAGGUAUCAUAGAUUAG